CGCAGCGCCGCCUGCGUUCGCGCACAGAUUAACGCGCAGAAAACUGAUUUAUUGUGUCGCGUUGAAAAAAUAAUCGGUUUUAUGCUCUGAUGGAGGGACAGGAGUGGCGUGGAGAGUGGCAGCAGAGGCAGAUCGACGGUAUAAUUCCAAAUGGGCAGUGUCUUCGCGGGGCGUUCAAUUUGCCGUCGCUAGAUCGUGCCAGGGAGCUCGAGCCAACUUUGCCGUCACUGCACAAUUCUGUAAGGGAGAACUCAGUAUGUCCUCGGAGCACGUAUUCGCCGUUGCAAGCGCUCAGCGAGAGUACUUGCAGAGAUCACGGCGCGCCGGCUCCGCCCCCGCCGCAACCGCCGCCACGCCUAUUCGUGGGCGCUGGUGGCGCAAGCGCAGCUCUCCACCCGGCAGUAGCGCGAUGCUCGGCAACACUUGAGUUAUCUGCUCUCUGGCGCAGUUUCCAUGAGCUGGGCACCGAAAUGAUAGUCACUAAAGCUGGCCGUCGCAUGUUCCCUGCACUCCAGGCGCGGCUUUCCGGUCUUUUGCCCAACGCGGACUACCUUCUGCUUGUGGACUUCGUACCGCUUGACGACAAGAGAUACCGAUAUGCGUUUCACAGCUCAAGCUGGGUAGUCGCGGGGAAAGCAGACCCAGUAUCGCCGCCCCGUAUCCACGUGCACCCAGACUCUCCCGCGCCCGGCGCGCACUGGAUGCGCCAACUCGUGUCUUUUGACAAACUGAAGCUCACUAACAACCAGCUGGACGACAACGGACAUAUAAUCCUAAACUCCAUGCACCGGUACCAGCCGCGCCUCCACGUGGUUUACCUACCAGGAGAGGGACAGAGCACGCCAGGCACCGUCCCGUACAGGACAUUCGUGUUCCCUGAAACCGGUUUUACCGCCGUCACAGCUUACCAGAACCAUCGGAUAACACAACUGAAAAUAGCCAGCAACCCGUUCGCUAAAGGAUUCCGGGACUGCGACCCCGACGACUGUCCUCCCGAGCAAAGCCAACCCCGCGGCACCUCCCGUCGGCGAGAGGUCGCCCCGGAGCCCUGUCCGCAGCUGUCGCAGCCCUACGCCGCUGAGCCCAGCGCCUGCGGUCCACUUUAUGCCCACGCGCACCCAGUGCGAUACCAACCCCAUACAGCGCACAAUGGAGCUUACAGCGCCUACUACGCGCACAGGUAACCGCGUGACGUCUACUCUGGAGUCUGGACGCAUUGCGGUAUCUAGGCGUGUGUUAUAUAUAACAUAUAUGUAAGAUUGAUUUCAUGAACUAGUUACUGUUUCAUUUAACAGACAGAAAUAUAAACCUCACUGCAAGAAA